UCUAAGAACGCAGACCCUCAGGGAUCCACCAUGGUAUUGGGUCCCAAGCAGAAGAUGCCAGAUGACACUACUUCUGGAGACCAUGGGGACACUGCCAGUCUUGGUGCUGUCAGUCCUACUUACAGCACCACCCCUCUUUCACAGUCUGAGUACAACGAGGAUGACUUUACCACCUACUUUAAUGAAAAGGUUCCUGUUCCCCAGGGGGAGUAUUCUUGUUUUAGCUUUCGAAAACUCUGGGCUUUCACAGGACCAGGAUUUCUUAUGAGUAUUGCGUACUUGGAUCCAGGAAAUAUUGAAUCAGACUUGCAGUCUGGAGCAGUGGCUGGAUUUAAGUUGCUCUGGGUACUUAUGUUGGCCACUAUUGUGGGGCUCCUGCUCCAGCGCCUUGCAGCCCGACUGGGAGUGGUUACUGGGCUGCAUCUUGCUGAAGUCUGUUACCGGCAGUAUCCUAAGGUCCCGCGAAUUAUUCUAUGGCUGAUGGUGGAGUGUGCUAUUAUUGGGUCAGAUAUGCAAGAAGUCAUUGGCUCUGCCAUUGCCAUCAAUCUCCUGUCUAUGGGAAGGGUUCCUCUGUGGGGUGGCGUUCUCAUCACCAUUGCAGAUACAUUUUUAUUUCUCUUUUUGGACAAAUAUGGCCUGCGGAAGCUGGAAGCAUUUUUUGGCUUUCUCAUUACUAUUAUGGGCCUUACAUUUGGAUAUGAGUAUAUUACAGUGAAACCGAGCCAGACCCAGGUACUCAGGGGCCUGUUCGUGCCAUCCUGUUCAGGCUGUAACAUCUCACAGAUCCAGCAGGCUGUGGGCAUCGUGGGAGCUAUCAUCAUGCCACAUAAUAUGUACCUGCAUUCUGCCUUAGUCAAGUCCAGACAGGUCAACCGGGCCAAUAAGCAAGAGGUUCGAGAAGCCAACAAGUACUUUUUUGUGGAAUCUUGCAUCGCUCUCUUUGUUUCCUUCAUAAUCAACAUCUUUGUUGUCUCAGUCUUUGCUGAAGCAUUUUUUGGAAAAACCAAUGGCCAAGUGGCUCAAACCUGUGAAAACAGCAGCAUUUCCUGGAUUAAUACCAUAUUCCCUCAUGAUAAUUCAACACUGACUGUGGACAUUUACAAAGGGGGUGUUGUGCUGGGAUGUUAUUUUGGGCCUGCUGCACUCUACAUCUGGGCUGUGGGGAUUUUGGCUGCAGGACAAAGCUCUACCAUGACAGGAACAUAUUCUGGCCAGUUUGUCAUGGAGGGAUUCCUCAACCUAAGGUGGUCACGCUUUGCCCGAGUGGUUCUCACUCGCUCUAUUGCCAUCGUCCCCACUCUGCUUGUUGCUGUCUUCCAAGACGUAGAACAUCUGACAGGAAUGAAUGACUUCCUGAAUGUGCUGAUGAGCUUACAGCUUCCUUUUGCUCUCAUCCCCAUCCUCACAUUUACAAGCUCAAGGCCAGUAAUGAAUGAGUUUGUCAAUGGGCUAGGCUGGAGGAUUGCAGGUGGAAUCUUGGUCCUUCUUAUCUGUUCCAUCAACAUGUAUUUUGUUGUGGCUUAUGUCCAGGAUCUAGGGCAUAUAGCUUUGUAUGUGGUGGCUGCUGUAUUGAGCGUGGCUUAUCUGUGCUUUGUAUUCUACUUGGGCUGGCAAUGUUUGAUUGUUCUUGGCUUGUCCUUCCUGGACUGUGGGCACACGGUAAGCGUCAAUAACGUCCUGCUGUCCGAAGAAGUCACCAGUGGCUAUAUUAAGUAA